CGCUCUAGCAAGGUGGACCGCAUAUCGCUCGCGCGUGUUACCCAAUAUAACCCGAGAUCUAUCGAACAUCAACAAAAACAAUUUUCUUCAGUCUAUCUAAAGUGUAAUAUAAUUAGUGAUUGAAUUAAGUGUAAGAUGUAAAAAAAACUCAGUGCCGUGCACAACUUUCUGCGAUAUAGACGCAUUAUGUUAGUGAUUCUUUAAUUUGUGACAAGAUGUCGCAGCCUUUGAAGAGAUCGUUCAGUACGGAGGGCCAUGCGUCCAGGCGUGACUGGAAGACCCGGCUCAGCCUCCGCAGCCGUAGCGGUCACAGCAUGGAAGCGCUGAGAGGCCGUAGAUGCGCCUCUCUCCGAUCCGCGGGAACCUCCAUACGGACAGAUGAUUCGGGAAGAGCCACCCCAGCUCGUGUUCCGAGGGCUGCCUCCUCACCAGGCGACCACCAAACUCCGAAGAAGUCAAACUGGGAAGUCAUUGAGCACUUCUCAUCAAGCCGCAGCAAGAAAAGUCCAACAACUGUGGAAACGGAGGGAAACGCCCCCCAGCCUUCAUCAGCUUCCCUACCCCUCUGCCCCGCGGGAAAACCCGAUGUCGACGUACAACCAUUGCUCGGAGAAGAUCCCGGAGGAGAGGCAGGUCCUGGACCGUCGGAAGACGACGAUGACGAAGAAAACACCUGCUGUGAAGUCGUGACACACAAUUGCCCUGAACCAAUCAGGGAUCUCUGCUUUUCACAUCGAUUUAUCAACCUAAAUGUGGAAAUGUUAUACCAACGUUACUUUCUUCGUAUGAAUCAGGCGAAUAUGAUGACUUUGCUGGGACUACUACUGGGUGUGGGAGUCGGGCUGGUAUCGGUCCAAGUGCCAGCAUUGCUUGCCGCCCACACUUUCAUCACUGACGCAUUGUACAACCUUACAAGUUUUGACCGAAUAGACAUGUCGUUAACGAGCACUACAGAUUUCUCGAAGCCAAGAUACGGCUCUCGUGCCUUUUUCGAGAGGGAAAGAUUGGCGCAUUUGAUCAACAUAGUUCUGUUUGGACUUGCAGCUUUAGUAUAUGCCUGUCUUCUCGCGUGCUUGAGCCGACCAGCAAUGAACGAGAUAUACUUGCUGACUGUCUCAUAUAUUGUUCUUACUACCUUCAUACUUGCUGAGAGCGCCCUGUGCGGCACCGCAGUUCUAAGAUCAAUGAACGUGAGCAUGGGUAUCUGUGCGUUUUUCACUUAUGUGACAUAUGCAACUCUACCACUGCGGUUACAUGAGGCUACUAUUGGUGGAUUUAUACUUGGAGCUAUCAGCAUUGGUGCCCAAAUCAUGAUGACCAAAACUACCGAUACUCAGAUUUUUUGCAACCUGAUAACCCUGAUCGCAUGCAACAUUGCCGGUAUUAUGACCCAUCAUCCACGUGAACUGGCGCAGCGUCGAGCUUUCUUGGAGACUCGGGACUGUGUUGAGGCCCGCUUGGUGACACAACGAGAGAAUCAACAACAGGAGCGCCUGUUGCUAUCGGUACUCCCUCGUCACGUUGCCAUGGAGAUGAAGGCUGACAUCGCAAACCAACCACGUCAGGAGCAGUUUCACAAGAUCUACAUACAACGAUACGAGAAUGUCAGCAUCCUGUUUGCGGACAUUUGUGGAUUCACCUCCCUGUCAGACCAAUGCACUGCUGAAGAACUCGUCAGACUCCUUAAUGAAUUGUUCGCAAGAUUCGACCGCUUAGCUGCUGAGCACCACUGCCUUCGCAUCAAGUUGUUGGGUGACUGCUACUACUGCGUUUCUGGACUGCCCGAGGCUCGUGAUGACCACGCCAAGUGCUGCGUCGAAAUGGGACUUGACAUGAUUGAUGCUAUUGCCCUGGUACGCGAAGUGAUGGCUGUCAACGUGAACAUGCGCGUGGGCAUUCACACUGGCCGGGUCCAUUGCGUGGUACUUGGCCUCCGCAAGUGGCAGUUUGAUGUGUGGUCCAAUGACGUUACCCUUGCUAACUACAUGGAGAGCGGAGGAGUUGCAGGGAGAGUUCACAUCACGAAGGAGACUUUGGCAUGCCUCGGCGAUGACUACAGGGUGGAACCAGGAAACGGUGGUCAGCGGAACGCAUACUUGAAAGACCACAACAUUGAAACCUAUCUCAUAGUCCCAGAUGACACAAGCCGCGUGGAUAAGAAGCCUCAAAAUAAUUUCUCUCUCAACGGAAACAUCUCAAAGGAGAUGCGGGUGAUGGGACAUGGCUCGCAACACGGAAAACAUUCCUCAAAAAGCGGCGUCGACGCUAAUAGCGAGAAUAAGAAGCCAGAAGAUGAAGUGAAUGAGUACUUGAUGAAAGCAAUCGACGCCCGCUCUAUAGAUCGUUUGCGGGCGGAACACUGUCGCCCAUUUACACUUACUUUCCGCAACAGUAAGCUUGAAAGAAAGUACAUUGCUGAGCGGGACAGGAUGCUGAAAGUAUAUUUCCUGUGUUCGAUCUUCGUGUACAUUGCUGUGGUAUUUGUGCAGUAUCUUGUAUAUGACAUACAAUUGGCUGGAACUAUCACAAUACUGACCUGUGCGACGGUAAUCAUCGCGAUCAUAUUCAUGGUACUAUGCAAAGAUUUUAAGUAUGCGGUCCCGAGCUUUCAAACAUUUUCAGAAAGAAUUCAUAACAAUCGAAACCUGGCGCAGCUUAUGUCUUUCAUGCUAGUUGCAACCGUCACCAUUCAAAUUGAGGUUAUUAUGGGAAUUCAUCUGCUAUCAGAAAAAGAUCCAAAUGAAGGCGAAUGUCCCAAGAGUAUUAACGAGCACUACCUGCAGCUGACACUUUUGGCAAUGUUCUUAUGUGCCGCCCAUCAGGUUCUCAUCACAACGUUGAAGACAAUUCUCCUCCUUAUCAUCAGUGGUAUAUACAUCGGGAUUACCGUACGAAAAUAUAUCUACUAUCAGCUGAACUACUCAGAAUUUCAAUUUACAUGUGUUGACGACUGGACUCAAGACUUAACAAACAUUGUUGGAGCUCUGGGUGCCCUUAUUGCAUUGUUACUACAUUCUCAGCAAACUGAGAGCACAUACAGACUGGAUUUCAUAUGGAAAUUGCAGGCAAAUGAUGAAAAGGAGGAUAUGGAGCAUUUGGAGGCAUACAACCGCAAGCUUCUAGCAAAUAUCUUACCGGAACACGUUGCCCAGCAUUUCUUGUGCAGUGACAAAAACUUCGACGAGUUGUAUCACGAACAAUGCGAGUCUGUGUGCGUUAUGUUCGCAUCGAUCCCGAACUUUUCGGAAUUCUACGUUGAACUGGAAGGGAAUAAUGAGGGAGUGGAAUGCCUACGUCUGCUUAAUGAGAUAAUUGCAGACUUCGAUGAGAUCCUGGCUGAAGAGCAGUUCAAGUAUAUUGAGAAAAUCAAGAGCACCGGUUCCACGUACAUGGCAGCGUCAGGUCUGACGGUGGCAACUAGAGACCUUCUAGGCUUUAGACACGUAACGGCGAUGGCUGACUAUGCACUACGUCUUCGUGAACAAUUGCAAUAUGUCAACGAGCAUUCAUUCAACAACUUCAGGAUAAGGAUAGGGAUUAACAUCGGACCCGUGGUGGCUGGUGUGAUUGGAGCAAGGAAGCCACAAUACGAUAUUUGGGGCAACGCAGUCAAUGUAGCAUCGCGCAUGGAUUCCACCGGGCUCCUCGAUCAUAUCCAGGUGACACAGGAGGUGUAUGACAUCCUGUCAAAGCGUGGCUAUAAGCUCCGAUGCCGUGGAACCAUUGACGUCAAAGGCAAAGGCAACAUGGUGACAUUCUUUCUGGAUGGCAUCGGGGAAACAACCAUACUGAAUAAUAAUAACGAUAUUUAUAGUAACCCAACCCCGUCGACCUCCGGUUCUGGUGGUGGUAGAAACCAUGACAAAUCUGAGCAUCGCCCUUUGGAGACACUUUCCGAAGGACACACUGAUGAGGAUGGACCUACACCGAGAUCUUCAAUACCCAAAGAAGAAAAAAGUGACGCGAAAAGCCCAAAGCACUCAAAUGGAAACAAAUCAUGCGACAGCCUCGCAAGUGCCGUUCGUGCAAGGGUUACCAGACACAUUGAGCGGCCUCUUUCACUUACUGAUAACCCUGGAUUACCUACUUUUAUAAGUAUCCUACAAUCAAAAGCCUAUUCUACUGAUCUUGGUGCAGCAGGGUAUUUUGGAGAGCAACCAGCCAAUACAUCUCUUACAGAAAUUAAGACCGUGAAGGACGAUGCCUGGUGCAGUCUUGAUAUAGAGGAAUUGCGUUCAAGGGUCCCAAAACGAGCAUCAAGUCUUGCUGAUUUCUUUAAGAGGAAACAACAAAAACCUAACUAUUCAUCUGUCAAUAUCAUAGAAAAUCCCAUGAACGCAGUCUAAAUUACAGCUAAGUAAGUGAAGGAAUGUAAUAUUAACGGGAUAUAAAUCUAUAUUUUGUCGAUACUAUAUUUCUUUUAAGCUCAAUCGAUUAUUACGUAAAGAAUAUUAAAAUCAAUGUGAGGAUGCCUGCCUAAGAUUUGAGUACCAACUCUUUUCUUAGCUUGAAACUUUAGACGCUGGUUAUAACAAGACUGAAUGUAACGACCUUGAACUUCACAAAGUGAAAAGCAUUGUAAGUUCAUUAUAAACAAUGAACGAAUUUAUUUAUUUAAGUAUACGCAGUUGAGUGCAUUGGUACUAUACCAAAACCUGUCUGUAGGAAAUAGAAUUUCCGACUUGACGGACUAAUUAUGACGAUAAUACGUAUUUUAGGAAAAUCUUUACAUGAACAAAAAUCGGGAUUGCAUUCAACGCGGGAUAAAACGCUAUAGUUAAAAUGAGGCCAUAGGUAUUGUCAAUUGAAUAAAGGGAUUUUAAUCUUCAGGUGUUAUUAUGAGGUAUUUACAGAUUUAUAGGAUAGGGUGUAUCUGGUAUGGCGAUUGAGGUGACGAAUUUUUUAUAGUUUGGCGUAAGUCAUUCAAUGCACGGCAACAUAAUUGUAUUUAUAGCACAUUUCAAUAUUCCGCUUUUGAACGUUAUAUGAACAAAGAAUACGACGUAGUGUUGAAACUCUCAACUACUAUUUCUUAAUAAUUAUAAUCUCUAUAUAAAUGUUCUAGAUAUAAUUAGAAGACGUUAUUAUCAUGUCUAUAAGACCCAUUAUAAUCCAUUUAAUGUCAUAUUUAUUAAACUAAGCGCAUUACCUAUAUAGUAAUGUUCGUGGUCGUUUUCGAUCUUAAAAUUGUAUGAUUUUAGAUAUUUGAAAAUUUCUCUUGUUUCAAGCAUUAGUUGCUAUAAUGGUUCAAUUAUUUUAAACCCAAUUAACUUAUCUUAUCUCUCACAUUAUUCCCAAGUCAAGCGGUAUCAUCAGACAGUUAAGGAGACUUGGCAUAAGAUUCAGUGUCAACUUUAAAUCCGAACUGUUCAUUUUGUCAAUUAUUUAUCUGUUUCUGAUUGGUUUUUGUAACUAAACCUGAGAACAAGAACUAAAGAUGGAAACCACUACUUUAUAAUUAUGUCCCGUUUUAGUUUACAUAAAUAAGUAAUUAUUAUUUCGUUCACGAGACAUUAUUUAAGAUGUUGACUUAGAUUAAUAUGAAAUAGGGUAAUCGAACAAACAAAGAGUUUUGUUUUCAUUGAAUUAUUUAUUUUUUAUUAUAGUUAUUAUUUUAUAAUUAAUUAUCUUUAAAUGUCCGUGGUUUAUUUAUUGUUUUAUUUUUUAGCAUUUAUAUCCAAAUAUAGUUUACUAAAAGAUUUUCUAAAUUUAAACUGUAUUUGGUUUUGAGUGAAAUUGAGUAUCAUUUAAAUCGAUUUUCAUUUGUCCUCUAUCUCCUCGGCAAACUUAGUGAUUUUUUAUUAUUUAAAGAUUAGCGAUUUGAAAUGAGAUUCAUGAAUGAGAUGUAGCGCGAACUACAACUUCCAUACGUCAAAUCCAAUGAUUGUUUGCCCUACGGAAGUCUCGUUUCUGAACCUUAGUUCAUGUAAAUAUUAUUUUUAUUAUUCGUUCGGUCUAUUGCUUCUAAUUUUAGCAAUACACCGAAUUAGAUAAACUAAGCUGUAACGUCAGUUUUAGAUUUUAUUUAUUUCAAUAACAUCAACAAUUAUAUAAACUAACCGAAGAUUUUUGUUUAUUUAUUUCUAUUGAAACUUUAACGGAAAUAUUCAUCAUCAAAUAACUAAGAUAUCUUAGUAUACAAAGAAUACUUAAUAAUUGAAGAUAACAUUUUCGCAAAUACAACAAAUUUCAGAUAGUUAUAACUAAAUAAAGGACUAAAUAAAGUUAUCUCUAUAACAGACUUGAACCAAUCCAUACGAUCGAUACAUUUGAUAUUUUAAUUGAGAAAAUGACCAAAAGAGUACAAUUAGGUAACUCAAAUGCUCGGUGUCUCUUAUACGGUUUCCAUGUUUUUUUCUUGUUCUUAAAAUCAAACUUUGAAUAUGUGUUUUUAGUCAAGGAAUAACUUAUGAAGUUGUCAUCUUGUUCGCGUUUCAGCUGUCACAUGAGAUUUAUUCAAUGCUCAUGUCGCAGCUUCUGAUAUAUCUAUGAGUUAGUAAAACUACUUAAGGUAAAUUAAUAACAAAGUUGUAACAAAACGAGUAAUCUCAGCGUAGUUUUAAUAAAUAUUUUAUUCUAAACUUCUUCAUAUAGAAACUUAAUUCAUUUAUUAAUACAAUUUUAAUUGUGAAGUUCGAAUAAUUCUGUUAAUUGUAUAAGUUUUGCAAUCUAAUUCAUCGUUUCUCAAGCGAGUCGAGUUUGUUCGGAAAGGGGGCCGCAGUCUGUUGAAAAAUAAUAUACGUAAAUACAAACUAUACAUAGGUACAAAAGUUUCGCUUAUUCAAGAAAUGAAUUAGUUGGGAUCGCAAGACUGUUUUAAUUAACUUUUUCGUAGGUCGCGACAUAAUAAUGGUAGAGAAACGAUGAUCUAAUUAAUUUUAAAACGCCCUCAAUUGAAUCCUAUCAUAAAUUUAUACGUUAUACGUAAAUGUAUCUUAAGUCUAUUUAUUACUGUUUUAUUAUUCAAAUGUUAGGUAUAAUUAUAAUACUAUUAUAUUUUCGUGUAAUCGUCCCGUAUGCAUUUAUCCACUUUCACCCUAGUAUUUUUCGAUGUUUUUUACAAAAUGCUUAUUUAUACUAGUGCCAACACUAGAUAUGUUUAUAACAGUAUUAGUGUAAGUAUUUAAACUAUCUGAUGUUAGGUUAGAAAUGUUACUGUAGAUUUGUGUCUAAAUAUAUUACCAUAAGCCCCAUAAUCAUUUUAUAUAUCAUCUGAUGGCUGGAUUCAGAUGGACCGAUACACUUGUUGAUAUUGCGAUUAUUUUUUUUAUUGUUAUACAUAUAUUUAAGAAUGUUUCAGCUUGAAAUAGAGAGAUGAGUUAUUAAUUUUAAUUUUUUAGGCUUAUUUUACGAUAUAUGCUAACAAAAGACAAUUUUCAAGCAGUCUAUUUUAGCUUAAUUGAUAAAGCGUUAUAUGCUGACAGAAUGCAGGAUAUAAAAUGGCCACGGUUGUAAAAAUCACAGGCGCCGAUUUAGGUUUAUUACUGCUAAAACUGCGAAACCUACCCGCAUAAACAUGCAACAUCUGCUCCGGUACUCUAUCUUUCAGUAGUUACAGCAAUCUUGACGUCUAGUUUCAGUAUACCUAUAUAUCACGCGAUCCCAAAGUAGCGCCAUCUAGUUGUAGAUGUUCGAUACGGUUACGGCAUCGUUAUCGCUAUUGGGAGUUAAGAAUACCGGGCUUUAAUGUACACAGAAAAACUGUAUAAUGAUUGUAAUAUAUUAUGGCGCCUAUGGCAAUAUGUAAAUUAUAGGAUUUCUUGACCGCUCGUAACAAUUUUUUUUUGCCAUUUGUAUUAGCUUAAUUAGUAGCCAAAGACCAGUAAUUUUGCCUAAUUAUUGUCUGCGGUGUUGAUUGUAUCAAGUAUCUAUAAAACCCACUUUAAUAUGUACUAUAUUAAAGCCUCGAAAACUUUAAUUUGCUCAAGACAAAUAUAAAUUCCAAUGUUUGGUUUUAAGUAUAACAAUAUUUGAAACUACUACUUGUAAGCUCUUUUACUUGUCAGCGAUCUAAUAUAGUAUGUAUUUGUGUCUAAAUGUAACAAGCGAAUAUUUACAAAAACAUUCGAUAUUAAUUACUCAAUAUAUAAGGUUUCUUUAAGACUUAAUUUGCGGUAAUAACGUAACGUACGAUUUGACGUCCGAAUAUAUCUAUCGCAGCUAACUGAACUUAAUAAGCCGUUCAAUUAACAGCCUAGCCUCUUAACUAAACAGCGCCGUUUAACUAGCGGCCUGAAGGAUAUUCAGCUAGUUGAUCAGUCACCUAGGCAAAUGAAAUGGGUCGAUGACGUUUUGUACGUAGCCUGUUGACUGUCAAUUUAAAUUUAGUUCCACUUUAUUCCACUCGCAAAACGAUACUCCUCAAACUGUCAAUAAUUGGCAAACCACAACUUGAUAGUACUUUCCAAAGUUUAAUGAAAAACAACAAUUACAAUGGUAGUGUGUAGUGACAAUAAUAAUGUGACUUUUUAUUUCUGCCACAUGGUCACUCCAUCGUACUAAGCAUUUUCCAGCCAGUUUACAAAGGCCGCUAGAUAAACGGCACUGUUUAGUUAAAAGGCUAAGCUGUUAAUUGAACGGCUUAUUAAGCUUAGUUGGCUGCGACAUAUCUACUAUUUAUCGAAAAGUAUUCAUUUGGCCUACUUCUCGUAGAUACUCAAUGUUAAGAUUUAUGUGCAUAUAUUUGUAUAUUAGGGACUUUAUGACCAAUUAAUUGACUCUAUGCUUAAUAUAUAUAGAUUGGUAUUGAUAGUCUGAACUUUAAAUUUUGGAUGUUUUAUAGUGUUCUUGGCUAAUAAGAAUUAGCGAAUAUUUAUCGUAUAUGAAAUUAGACGAGGUGUGCUUCUCUUAUAAUUAGAAUUGCUCUUCAAUUCGAUAUACGAAUUUUGUACACUAGCUAGCAAGCUAAUGGGAAUUCGCGUAUGUAUUUUUUAG